AAAAAAAAAAAAAAAAAACCUUAUUACCUAAACUUACUUGAAACUGGCUCAAGCUGUAUCAAUAAUUAAAAAUACGUAUACAGGUCACCAUGUCCUCAAAUAACUCUAGCUCUGAAAAAUGUAAUAUCACCUCACAUACUUGGAAUAGUGAGGACAUGGUGACCUCAAACAUAUCAGGCGAAACAGGUAUUUCGCAACUUAUGGGAACGGCUUCUACAUUUAUUUAUCCUACAAAUUUGUCGGCUUCCGCCCACGAAUUAAAGAAUACUUCAGAAUCACAACAAUCCAAUAUCGUUCCCGUACCGCAAAAUAGUAUUUUUACAUAUCAGGAUUUCAUUAGUGUAGAAGAGUUGCGUAAACUUGCGGAAGUUAGUAAUAUUUAUUCUUCGACACCAAAUUCUUCACUACCGGUAAUCAACCACGCUCCUGUUACACCUGUGAAACCAAUUCAACCAGCCUUAUUUAAUUCAUCCGUUUCGUCGCCUCGUUCUGAUGAAGUUGAUGGUUCAGAACAUUCAUCAUCUCCUGCUGCCAAUGAAGAAGACAGUAAUAAAAAGAAAGCAACGGGGGGUCGAAAGAGGAAAGCCGAAAGUUUAGAAGAAAAAGAGCAAAGACAGCGUGAAAGAAUACUUCGAAAUCGUCAUGCUGCUCAAAUGUCACGUGACAAGAAACGACGGCAAAUGGCAGACCUUGAAUCUCAAAAUGUUCUUCUUAAAGAAGAAAACACCCACCUUUCGAAACGAUUGAAAAUUGUUGAAGAAGAAAAUAUGGCCUUAUCCGCUAAGCUUGAUACAAUUUCAGCACAGCUUGCCGAAAUCCAGUCACAUAUUACCGUAUCCGAGAUGACCAAAGUCCUACUUGAUGGUGUUCGCGGAUCAGCAGCAUCCGCGACCUUGGAAUCCGACUCUCUUGCGUUGAAUGAUGGUACGUCUCCAAUGCAAGAGAGUCCUCCAAGAAGUCCCAGCAGCGGCACGUCAAGAUGUGGAACCUUUACGGGACGUUGUCACAAAUCCAUUCUUUCCCGAUUUGGAAGCUUCCAACACAAAUACUGAAGCAACUAUUGUUGACCUUCUCGAUAGUUUUUUGGACUACGAUUGGUCAACGGAAGAAUUCUCUUCUAUUGGGCAAUCGGAUGGUAUUUGCUGACGACGUUGUCAUCUUGGAACUCACCCAUCGUUUCAAAAAGAAACGAAGGAUGAGAUCCGUAAAGGCUCUGCGUGGGAGCGCUUCAAGACUGAAGCGUGUUCCACGUGAUUGGAGGAAAUAUCCACCAUAACAUCUACUGAACUUUUUUCUAUAAUAAUUUAGUUUGUGCACUAGAAAACCUACGAAUGGCCAAAAUACACCUAAAAAUCAAUGAAUGACAAGAAAUUUCUAUAGUGUAGAUUCCAUGUUAUUUAUCAACGGCUUUUUAUUAUUUCACUAUUUGUUAGUGGAUAAGAGUUUUUUAUUGCUUUGAAUAUUUUUUUAUUUUAUU